AUGGCCGAAGCUCCUUUACCGGAUUUAGAGCGAGCAGCGCCGCUGCAAAGCCCAGAUGAAACCAAUCAGGCUGCAGGUCCUUCUCAAACUGACGGGGCUGAUGAGGACCAAGGGGAAUUUAAUGGGAGUGGGAAUGCACCCGCAGCCGUUGGUGGAGGACCACACUCGAGUUUCUUGACGCCCGUGUUCACGAACCGCAGCCAGGGGACCACCAGCCUUCGAGCUACGCGCUCAUAUGUCGACGGGCAUGGCUAUUUCAACGAGCCGGAAGACGAGCCGGAUGCUCCCAGGGAUAUCACGGUGCAAGGCUCGGGAGAGAAGACCUUUGAGGUCGGCUGGGACGGGCCUGAGGAUUCCAUGAAUCCGAGGAAUUUGAGGUAUGCCCGGAAGUGGAUGAUCGUCAUUGUCCUCGCUUUUGGGUCGCUGUGCGUCACCUGCACUUCCUCGUUGUAUACCAUUACAUAUGGUCAGAUGAACGCCGAAUUCGGCACAUCGCGAUUCACGGCGACUAUUGGGCUGGCAACUUUUGUCUUUGGUCUUGGAAUCGGUCCUAUGUUGUUGGGGCCCUUGUCCGAAUUCUACGGACGCCGGCCCAUCUAUAUCGUCGCGUAUGUUUUCUUCACCACGUGGCUCAUUCCCUGUGCCGUAGCAAAGAACAUCGAGACCAUGCUGGCGGCCCGCUUCUUCGAUGGUCUCGCUGGGAGUGCAUUCCUGUCGGUCGCAGGCGGAACGGUUGGUGACAUGUUUAAUCAUGAUCAGCUUCAAGGCCCUAUGAUGAUCUACUCUGCUGCUCCCUUCCUUGGUCCAAGCAUUGGGCCGAUAAUAGGUGGCUUCAUCAACCAAUACGCGUCCUGGCGCUGGUCGUACUAUGUACUCCUUAUCUGGUCUGGAAUCAUGUUGUUAUGCAUGAUCUUCCUGAUCCCAGAGACAUACAUGCCGGUGGUCCUGCGCAACAAGGCGCGAAAGCUGCGCAAAGAAACAGGCGAGGAAAGGUGGAAGGCACCGAUCGAGAUCCUCGACAGAUCCGUGGCCAUGACCGUCCUCCGCUCGCUAUACCGCCCGUUCCUCCUGCUAUUUCUGGAUCCGAUGUGCUUCAACCUGUGCCUGUUCUCGUCGAUCCUGCUGGGGAUCCUGUACCUAUUCUUCGGCGCGUUCAACCUGGUCUUCACCGAAGUGUACGGCUUCGACCUGCAUCAGGUCGGGCUGUCGUUUGUCGGCCUGCUCAUCGGGAUGAUAUUGGGGAUUAGCUCGGACCCUCUUUGGCAGCGGAACUACCGCCGACUAAUCCGCAACAACGAGCGCAACACCGGCGAACUGAAAUCGGAGCCAGAGUUCCGCCUCGCGCCCGCCAUCGUCGGCGCCUGGUGGUGCGUCGCUGGUCUCUUCUGGUUUGGCUGGUCUAUCUACUCGCACGUCCACUGGAUUGUGCCUGAACUCGCCAUCGCCGUGUUUGGAUUCGGCCUCAUCUUGGUCUUCUCCGGCGUGUUUACCUUUUUGGUCGAGGCUUUCCCCCUGUACGCGGCGAGCGCUUUGGCGGCCAAUUCGUUCGCCCGGUCCAGCUUCGCAGGGGCGUUUCCGCUUUUCGGCGUGCAGAUGUACCGGAAAUUGGGAUUUCAUUGGGCGACCACCCUCCUGGCCUUUCUGUGUCUUGCCAUGGCGCCUUUCCCGUACGUAUUUUUCGUGUAUGGGAAACGACUGAGGGCUCGGAGUCGAUUUAGCGCGAGGAAAGGGUCAUGA